AAAAAGAGACUACUAACAGUGCAAUCCCAAUUGGUAUCAGUAAUAUGGGAUGGAUCUUUUCACACUCAAUCGACACAUAUUGAGACUCAGACAUAAUUUAUUUGAAUAAUUCUUCCCACAUGACGAUAGAAGUGGAUGUCUUCUGAUAUGAUCCCGGUUGCAAGUUAUUAGUCCAGAUUAUGACUCCUCUAGGUUUAGCUUUGUAUCCUUAGUUAGAGCUCGAUACAGAGAAAUCAAAAAUUGAAGGAACAGACGUCUCUGACUUGGAAGAUAAAUUGAUAUAUGGAGAGUGGAAGAAAAUAUAUUUCUCGAUGGCUAGGGUUAACGCCACCCACCAAAAGUUAUGGUUUUAUUACAAGAGCUUUAGUCCUCCAGGGUCAGCCUAUGAUAUGAUAGGUAGAAAUAAUGAUACAUAUACGAAUCAUGUGAUAGAUGAAGAGACUAUCAAGCUAAGAUUUACCGGUCGAGAAGUCAUUCUUACAAGCGUAAAGCUAUACAGAUGGCCUAUAUCCUGGACAAGUGUCUAUCAUCAACUCCCAGCUUGGACUGAAGAUGGAAAUAACACGUUAAAAUGGAACUUUUACAGUGGUUAUGCAUCAUAUCCAUCAUCAGGAGGAGAUGCUUGUCAAGAUUUUCUUGAGCCAAAAGGGUACUGAGUCAACAAACAAGGAGAAGGGGAUUCAGCAACUGAAACUUGAAACAAAGGCUACUAUCUCCAUGGAAGAUUUUGAUAUGAAAAAUGUGGGGAUGGAAUCAUGCAUAAUACCCCUCAAGUCUUCUCAUGCGAUGAUGGGAACAUGAUAAACGGAGAUGGAUGUGACCAAUUCUGCGAAACAGAGCCUUACCAUUACUGAGCUGCCUCUCAUUUAGGCAAAAGCAUUUGAGAAAGUAGCUGAGGCAAUGGAGAAAAGAAUUUAGUUGAUAAUGAAUCAUGUGACGAUGGUAAUAUUUUUAACGGUGAUGGCUGAAGUAGCGAAUGUACUAUUGAGCCAAACAAUACAUGAACUCAGCUUGAUGGGGAGAUUAGUAUUUGCUCUCCUAACUGAGGUAACGGAGUCCAUGAUCCAGGAGAGACUUGAGAUGACAAAAACUCCAUGGACUUUGAUGGAUGAAAUUCUGCUUGUCAAAUAGAACCUAACUUUGUCUGAAGUUAUGAUUCCGCUCUUGCUAGAGACUUAUGAAUCUCAAUGUUCUUUCCUCCUAUUGUUUCGAAGAACAUUCAUUCAGUUGAGACUUUUGAGUUGGUAUACACUUUCAAUGACUCCAUGGUAAAUUACAACUUCACAGGAACUGAUAUUUCAAUGAGUGUUUACUCAUCUAUGUCUUCUUAUGAUGUGACUUGGUUGGCAUCAUUCCAAUCAGCCACAGAGCUUAAGGUGAAAUAUGCCAUAACUCCUCUGAUUUUGGGAGGAAAUGGGGAGAUUUUAGAAGUCUCCCUUGAUAAUGUCAAUGCAUUCAUCAGCCAAGACAAAAUACCAAUUUCUAACAAAUUGGAAUUUAAAUAUGUGUUUGAAGCUAUACCACCAACAGAGGAAGCAGAAUCAGCAGGAUCAGGAACAUCAAUCAUGUUUGUGGCAACAUUUGGACUUUCGCUGAUGAUUAGCGUAUUAACUGGAUCAUCUAUGGAGCUGAUGUGGAGCUUGGCAAAUACUCUACAAAUCCUGUUUAUCAUGGGAUUGCUUGACUUACACUGUCCUUCAAAUUUGAAAGCUUUGAUUUCUUAUCUAAAGUAUUCAAAUUUUGAUAAUCCUCUGACUAAAUGGCUCUCUAGUAUCCUGAUUAAAAGUUUCAAGAAUGUAUCUUCUCCAAUGAAUAAAGACUUUUCAUCACUUGGCUUUGGUUCAUCAAGCAUUAUUGCCAAUUCUUUUGAUAGAAUGUUCUUACUAUUCAUGGUGGGAAUUAUGAUCCUCUUAGUUUAUUUGUUAUCCAAAUGCUGCAAAAAGAAUUGUAUUGCUAAAAGAAUUGAAAAAGUUGACAAAUCUCUCAGGUAUGAAUCCUCAACCAGAUUCGUCGUUGAAAUCUCGAUGACCUUGUCUAUUUCCAUUCUGAUUAACUUGCUCUAUGGAAAAUUAGACAGUUUAUUUGAGAUCAUUUCAUUUAUGUUAGCUCUAUUGCUUUCAGUAAUGUUGAUAUUGCUCCUGAUUUAUGCGACAGUAUGGCCGAUUAUAAACUUUGAGAAGAUUAAAACUUGCCCGGAACAAGUUGAGAGACACUGUUUUCUGUUUUUAGAGUUUAAAACCAAUCACAUUAAGUGAAUGAUGUUUUACUCAUACUUUACUCUUAGGAGGAUUAUGAUCGCUUGAGUUGUAAUCGCACUUCAGAGCUUCCCAAGGACCCAGUUGGUGUGUCUUACUAUUUUAUUUUAUUGGAUAAUAUCCUACAUGAUAGUAUAUCGGCCAUUUAAAUGCCAAGUUAAUAAUUUCUUGAACUGUGUGAAUGAAACAUUCCUAAUGGUAUUCUGAAUUACCCUCACUAAUUUUCUGAACCCUGAAGAUUCAGAAAAACUUCAACUCUAUGGCUAUGUCUGCAUUGGUAUAUUAGGAGUCAUGUUCAUAUUCAACUGGGGAAUCAUAUUUCCGCUCAAAAUCAGAGAUUCAUUUAGAGGGUGCAAGGAAAAAUGACACAAGAAGACUGAAGAGGAAAUUGAAAGAGAGAGGAAGAAGAAGGUUGUCAUAUCUAUCAUAAACUCAAGGAAACUGGCUAUCAAUAAAACUUUGCCUAAUCUUCAGAAAAACAAAUCUCGACAAGUCCAAAAAGAUGAGUUUUUGGAGGGAUGGAGAAAAGCUCGAGUUUAUAAAAUGAAACAAAAAUAA